CCACCCACACCACGUCAAGAUGAGCAUGCGCAUGCUCGACAAGGACGACUCGUCGGCCGACGCCCAGGUGACCCGCGUCGACCAGGACCGCAUCAACGCCUUCUCGAGGCUCAACAGCCGCACAGACGAGAUCGUCGACACCCUCGACUCGCUCAUCAAGCAGCGCGAGGACCUCGAGGAGGUCGAGACCGAGCUUGAACUCGUCGACGACGACGACCAGGUCAUGUACAAGCUCGACACGACUUUCGUCCACCUGCCCGCCUCGGAGGCCCUCGAGCACCUCCAGGCCCAGCUCGACAAGAUCCGCAACGAGGUCGACACGCUCGAGGCCGACAAGCAGAGCUGCGCAGACCAGAUGGACGCCCUCAAGAAGGACCUGUACGCAAAGUUUGGCACUUCGAUCAACCUCGAGCGUGGCGACGACUGAGCAGGUCCCGGUGCGGUCGACGAGGCUGGCAUAGGCCGGCAGGAUACCCCGUGCGAGUCGAGGUCGAGGAGGAGGACGAGGAGGAGGACAAUACCCCCGGAGCGAGCCAGACGCUCGCGCUCGUGCAAAGCAAACUUGUAGCCCUUUU